GGGUUGCAACAAGUAAAAUCAGAAUGUGGUGACUCUCAAGAACCUUUAAUAGAUGAAAUAUAUGGCUAUGGAAGUCAAUCAUUAAUUAAUCUUAUGAUUACUGGUAGAGCCACUACAUAUGUUUGGGAUCAUUAUCAAAAUGUUUCUGGCCUAGAGCUAAAGGGUAUAGAAAAACAAAGCCAAGUGGGCUUUAUUACAAUUAUGGAAUACCAUCGGUUUUGUACUGUUGGGUCAUUUUAUAAAAAUCCCAUUCAUCCUGUUUGGGUUAUAGGAUCUGAUACUCAUUUAACAGUAUUGUUUAGUGAUGAAAUAAGACUUGUAAGCCCAGAAACAAAAAGCGAACAAGCCCGGAGAGUGUUUAAAAGCUUUGAUCCGGACGGAAAUAACUUUAUAAGUACAGACAAGCUUCAGGAAGUUUUAGAAGCUCUAGAGUUAGUUAGUGAAGCUGAGUAUGUUGAUAUUAUGAAGAAAAAGUUAGAUAGCGAAUCCUUAGGCAUAAUAUUAUUGAACGGAUUUAUGGACGAAUUUUUCCCUAAAGAAGAAACUUCUACACCAGACAUGUUCACCUUAGUCCAUUAUAACGGAUUGGCACAAAGUAAUAUUAGUAAGCAGGUCCAGUAUCACAUAGGUUCAGCAAUUUUACUAGAAUCUGACAUAAAAUCCAUAUGCGAAUCAAACCCGAUGUUAACAGUGCUACAGACCAAAUGGGCUAGUAUAGAAGUGAAUUGGUGCGAUGGUGUUAAUCCUUCAUUGAAUUAAGCAGGUUAAGUCAAUAAUUUAUUUGUUUUUAAAAUUUUUCGCUUUUUAUUUCUAUUUGUUGUUUUCCCAAUAGGUAUGCAAAAAAUGAGGAUUACUUUUUUUGAUUUAUGUUUGUCUUUGUAUUCAAAAUUUUUCUAGUCAAAGAUAUCCUUUAUAUGUUUUAUCAAAACGCAUACAUGUCCUGUCACUGUUAUCGAAAUUUUAUUAGAUAUUUGUUGAUUUAUUUUUGAGCAUUUAUUUCAUCAUCAAGGGAACAUUCAGAAAGUCAAAACGAACAAAAAUAUUGUUUUUGUUAGUUCUUAUUUUCUGAACUAACUCAUGAAAUACUUUGGUUUUAUCUUAUGAGCAGAAAAAAUAAAAUAAAUCAAUGGUGUUUUGUGAAAAAUUCAGUAAAAAAACAUAUAAGAUACUAUUAAAAAAAAAUUGAUCAAAAAUCUUUGAUUUUAUAAGAAUUAAAAAUGCAUUUAUUAUUUAGUUUCUAGUGAAUGUUUCUCAAAAAAAUUGCAAAUUUCUCAAAUAUAUUAUUGUGCCAAUUUUCCAUGGUUGCGAUUCAAAAUACAUAAGUAUAUGUAUAUUUUUUGUCCUUAUACAUAGUUGGUCAAUGAAUAAGUGUUAUUCCAGAAAACAUAUGUUGUAUCAAUCAAAUAUUACUAAAAACUUUUAUUAAUUGGGGGUCGAUUUUUCUUUCUUUUUUUUUUUUGUUUCUUCCGGUGUAAAAUCUAGAUUACGAGUUUUAUGUAGUUUCCCAUGUACCAUAAAAUUGUGCUUAAUUAAGAUGAGGCAUUGACAAAUAGUGUAAUUUAUAGGUCCUUUCCAACCCGCCAAAAUACCGUCCCUAGAACGGUUUCAAAACCACUUUGUAUACGAAUUUAGGAUUCUAUGUACAGAAUCCUGAUGGUGAAAUGUACGGUUACCUGCUGGGUUGGAAAAAUUUAUUUCAUUUAUUUAUUUCAUUACUUUACAAACACCAAAAAUAGUAAUUACAUGUAAAGUUAAAACAGCGAAGUGUAAAACACAGAAAUAAAGAUAGAGUACACAAUAUAAACAUAUAUGACUAAUUUAAAAGGGCCUUCAAUUGAUUGAAAGUUACAUUAAAAAGAUCUACCUGGACCUCAUUAAGUGCUUGGUUCGCAACUGUCAUCAUGCGAUUAAAUGGUGACAUAUUAUUACUAGGAUCAGUACCAAAGUAUUUCUUGUUUUUCAUAAUUCUUAAGUUAAUCUUUGGUACAAUUAAGGAGACAUAGUUAAUUAAAUUACAAUCCUUAUACUUUAGGUUGUUUAAAAUAUAAAACAAAAAUAUCACAGCCUGAUUAUUCCUUCUUUCCACUAAUGACUUUAUCUCAAAACUAACAAGCAUAUCCCUAUAAGGAACUAUAUAUGGGUAAAUAUUAUUUUUAACCACAUAGAGAUACCGCAAAAAUCUCUUCUGCACUUUUUCAAUUUCAUCAAUAUGCGUGGCUUCCAAUGGCAUCCAAAUGUGUGAUGCAUAUUCAAGGUGUGGUCUCACCAGAGCAUUAUACAAGUUAAUAAUUGUACUUAUUUUAAAGUUCUUACUAUUCCUGAUUACAAAGCCAAGUGCUUUUACUGCUUUAUUGACAGCAUGAUGAAAAUGCUUAUUGA